GACCGUAUCAGUUACGAUUGUCCCGUGACAGUGGAUACUCCAGGUGCGAAUGAAUCAGGGUGUCCUUGCAGAUAUAUAGAGCGUAUUUCACAACAUACAUUCACUUCGCCAUUAACACAUUAUGGAAAAACAAGAACCAAUUCCUUCCGAUGCUCCGCCCUCUUACGAUAACCAAGGAGGAGCGGCAACGAGCAGCUACCCACCUAUGGCCUACCCUGCCCAGGGCUACCCUGCCCAAGGCUACGCUGCUCAGAGCUACCCUGCUCAGAAUCAGUAUGGAAUGCAGCAACAAAACGUGGUGGUCACACAACCCUAUCCUAACACGAUGAUGGUAAAUGGUCCCGUCCCCGACUACAUGGGACUCGCCUUAUUUGCGACAAUCUGUUGCUGCUGGCCGCUGGGAAUUGUCGCCAUUCUACGGGCACAAGAAGCAAGACGGGCGGCAGAGAGAGGUGACCCGAUGAACGGACACCAGCUGGCUGGUUCGUCCAAACGUCUGUCCAUCAUCGCCAUCGCCUGUGGAGUUCUAUUUCUCAUCCCAGCGAUAGGCGUACUCAUCUGGUACUUUACCGCAGUAUACAGCGUGUGUUACGGAUCCUACUGUUGAUAAACAAUCACAAUAUACAGCAUGUUACGGCCAUUAAUGUUGAUAAACAGUCACAAUAUACAACAUGUUACGGCCAUUAAUGUUGAUAAACAAUCAUAAUAUACUGCUUGUUACAGCUACAACUGUUGAUAAACAAUAACAAUAUACUGCAUGUUACGGCCAAUACUGUUGAUUAACAAUCACAAUAUACUGUAUGUUGCGGCUACUACUGUUGAUUAACAAUCACAAUAUACUGCAUGUUACGGCUACUACUAUUGAUAAACAAUCACAAUAUACUGUAUGUUACGGCUACUACUAUUGAUAUACAAUCACAACAUACUGUAUGUUACGGCUACUACUGUUGAUAAACAAUCACUAUAUACUGUAUGUUGCAGCUACUACUAUUGAUAAACAAUUACUUUAUACUGAAUGUUACGGCUACUACUGUUGAUAAACAAUCACUAUAUACUGUAUGCUUCGGCUACUACUAUUGAUAAACAAUCACAAUAUACUGUAUGUUACGGCCAUUACUGUUGAUAAACAAUCACAAUAUACUGUAUGUUACGACUACUACUGUUGAUAAACAAUCACAAUAUACUGUAUGCUUCGGCUACUACUGUUGAUUGACAGUCACAAUAUACUGUAUGCUUCGGCUACUACUGUUGAUUAACAAUCACAAUAUACUGUAUGUUGCGGCUACUACUGUUGAUUAACAAUCACUAUAUACUGUAUGUUACGGCUACUACUAUUGAUAAACAAUCACUAUAUACUGUAUGUUGCGGCUACUACUAUUGAUAAACAAUUACUUUAUACUGAAUGUUACGGCUAUUACUGUUGAUUAACAAUCACUAUAUACUGUAUGCUUCGGCUACUACUAUUGACAAAUAAUCACAGUAUACUGUAUGUUACGGCCAUUACUGUUGAUAAACAAUCACAAUAUACUGUAUGUUACGACUACUACUAUUGAUAAACAAUCACAAUAUACUGUAUGUUACGGCCAUUACUGUUGAUAAACAAUCACAAUAUACUGUAUGUUACGGCUACUAGUAUUGAUAAACAAUCACUUUAUACUGUAUGUUACGGCUACUACUAUUGAUAAACAAUCACUAUCUACUGUAUGUUGCAGCUACUACUAUUGAUAAACAUCACUUUAUACUGUAUGUUACGACUACUACUGUUGAUAAACAAUCACAAUAUACUGUAUGCUGCGGCUACUACUAUUGAUAAACAAUCACAAUAUACUGUAUGUUACGGCUACUACUAUUGAUAAACAAUCACAAUAUACUGUAUGUUACGGCUACUACUGUUGAUUAACAAUCACAAUAUACUGUAUGUUACGGCUACUACUAUUGAUAAACAAUCACAAUAUACUGUAUGUUACGGCUACUACUGUUGAUUAUCAAUCACAAUAUACUGCAUGUUACGGCUACUAAUGAUGAUAAACAGAGACUAUAUGCCGUGUUGUUACUUGUUGUAGCACUUAGUCCAGUUUAGGAUAUACAUGUUGUUCUAAAAUUAUAAGAAAUUAUUACAAAAUUUGACAUUCA